AUGAUUUUUAGUCCACCUUUGCUUUCUAUCUUCCUCUCUGCGAGUGCAACAUGGGCUACUCAGGCCCCCUUGGGCUCUGCAAGUGGAACUGGGUGUCUCUCCUUGUCUAGCACCAACUACAGAACAACCUAUGAUACCUGCUGCUCUGGGGGAAGCACAUCCGGCAAAGGAUCUGUCAAUGGGGUCGAGUUCAACUAUUCCUGUGGACGCUGGGCCACUGGAACCAAUAAAACACCAAUCAAAGGUGUGGAUGCUCGUGGAUGCGCGAAGCACUGUGCUGCCGACACUGAUUGCUUGGCAACAUCAUGGACUCCCCGAGGCCAGUGCUUUUUAGUGACUACUCAGGGUUAUAGCACUGCCUCAGGUAACAACUUCUUGUUGAUGGAAAAAACGGGCGGCACAGUGGAUGAGCCUGCGCCGGAGGGCGGCUGUGGAAAGCCCGUGGAGGCAGCUAAGGCUCAAUGCGAAAAGGAGGCCGCAGCCCGAUGUGAAGAAGAUAAGGCUACGCUCACUCAAACCGGGAGAGUAGAAUGCGAAAAGAAGAUGGCUGAGAAGUGCAAUGGCGACACUGCCGCCGCUGCCGAUGCCUUGAAGGCUCAAUGCGAGCAGGAGAAGGCUACCCUCGGUCAGGCCCAAGAGACUGAGUGUGACAGGAGGAUCGCCGAGGCUGCGCGUACAGCUGAGAAAUCAAAAGCUCAGUGUGAAGCAGAGAAGGCUACAAUCGGUCAGAGAGAGAAAGCUGGAUGUGAAAAGAGGAUGGCGGACAAGUGCAAGGUUGAGACCUCCGGUGCUGUCUCAGCAUUAAAGACUCAAUUGGAGAAGACGAAGGCCGAUAUCACUAAUGAUAUGGAAAACAAGUGUGAAGUUGAGAAGUCCAACCAGGCCAAGGAAUGGGGGGUGACGAAAGCGAAGCUUGAGGCUGAGAAAGCAGAGCUUCAGACAGCACUUGACGCACUCAAGGAGACAAAUGCUGGAGGGACCGCCUCGCAUGACGGUAGCGAUGUCGCAACACGGUUGGCGGACGUCGGUCCUACUCCACAAUAUAACAUCUGCCCCCAAUACGGUGGAAGGGAAUUCACAACGACCACAUCGUCUGGCAACACCGCUAGGUGGCGGGUCAACUGUAAUAUGUUCGUCAAGGGUCAUUGGUAUGUUGACCGACACUGCCCACCUGGAUCGAUUGUUCAGAUCCUGCGUGAGAGACAGGAGAACCGUGAGUACAAAGGUCUUUUCUGGAAUCAUGUCAACAUCUGUCAUGAAGUUAUCCCAACACCCGGCACUUCUGGGAUGUACCUAAUCAAGACUCCGAACUUCCCGAACCAUGCGUUUAUUGAACGUAUUGAUUAG